AAUUUCCGCACUUUUCGGCGUUCGGUGUGAUGACAUAAACUUCAAGAAAACGGUCUACGGUCGUAUGCCAGGGUGAAAAUGAAGGGUUUGAGAUCGACAUGGCGUGAUUUGAUUGAAUAGAAUCUGUCUGACCAGGUUAGGAAGGCCUGCAAAUGUACCUUAGGAGAAGACUUGAAAUAAGACAACAUUCUAUCUGAAUAUCUAAGAAGCUGUAGGUAGCAAUGGAAGGUAUGGAGUUAAUACACCUGAAUGUUGGUGGGGUCAUGUACACAACCACCAAAGCUACCCUAUGUAAGUAUCGGGACUCUAUGUUGGGGGCCAUGUUCAUUGGCAGCAUGAGGUCUGCCACUGAUCAAAACGAUUGUCCUUUCAUUGACAGAGAUGGAGAAAUGUUCAAGUACAUCCUCAACUUCCUGCGUUCAUCAAAACUGAGUCUUCCCGAUGACUUCAAAGACUUUGACUUACUUGCUGUAGAGGCUGAUUUCUAUCAGAUACAGCCUCUAAUUGAUGCCCUCAGUAUGUUGAGAGAUGAACGCCAAAGAGACGAUCUCAAGACUCACUUUUUCGUGGAAGUGAUCGAGGUACGGACUGGCACCACUGCCACCAUGCCUUCAAACAACUCCAGGGUGAAGACAGUUCUUGCUGGAAGGAAAGAUGUCAUCCUUUCUCUGCCUUCGGAACUAGUUGGUGAAGGAGCCUCGGAAAAAUUACAGAAGAAUGAAGGAUUUGACUAUGUUGAGCUUCAGCUCAACGGUGCUAAUGUUAGACUCCGACUUGCAGAAACAUUACGUAACGGUGGAUGGCAUAUUGUGGAUACGAAUCUUUCAUCGUCCUCUAGUCUCGUCACGUCAUUCACAGGAAACACGCUGUUUAUAGAGCAAUCCUACCGAGACCGAUGGAGGUUGACCUUGCCAAAAAUAAAGAAGCUUGCAACAUACAUGUAGAAUUUUGUCUUUUUACUAACACAUAGCAUUAAUAGG